CUGAGAAAACACAGAGCUGAGCUGACCAUAAAAAUGCAGAUACGUCCAACAUGGCUGCCGUGUAAAAAGUCACUCAUCAGGCGGAAUAUUAGAGCGGGAAAUGUGAAAAAAUCGUCCACUCCCCUGCACCAGACAUUAGUGGGCCGACCAACUAACUCAUGAUCAUUACUCAACAGGUCUUGAUUUCAAUCCCUAACAGGUUUUUCACUUUAUUACAGAGGGCUUCUCUUUUGCUCAUGUUUUCUUAUCC